AUGGCCGAGAGCCAAAACGCGUGCGUUUCAUUAAUCCGACGGUUAUGGACGGGAUCACGGGUUAAAAGACUCGGGGAGAAGGGAUUUCUCAUUCAUUCAGACUCAGAAAUAUUUCUAAGUGUCCAGAGAGAAACGGUUAUCGAGAGAGAAAGCGGUUUCCGAGAGUUUUCGUCUGUUCCGAUCGAUAUCGACCGUAUCGAUCGUCUGUUCCGACCGAGAGCGCCUGUUUCCGAUCGGUGGUCUGACCGAGAGCCGACCGUACCGAAGAUCCGAGAGCCGAACGUUCGACGAUCCGUCCGAGAGCGUCCGAGCGACCGUUCUGUAACCGUACGAACCUCCGUACGCGACUGUUCUGUUUACCGAAGGGAAUCCGAUUCCCGACUGACUGACUAA